AGAAAAGUAACUUCAUUUAUCAACAUUAACAACAUAAUCUUAACCAUCUUGCUCCCAUUCCUCACUUGUGCUCCAAGGCUUAGUUUCCUGUGCUUAUUCCUUUCUUUUUUUAUUCCAUUCUGAUUUUGAUCUAUAACACUCGAAAUGCUUCUUCUAGAUGCAGGUUCUACUUCCAUCUUGUCCAAGAUUCCCGUGGAAAAACUAGAGACCUCAAGACUGUGGACUUGUGAAGCCCUUGUGCAAUUUCCAAACGAAGUAUUGCAACACCAUAAACAAUACCUCCAAGUAUGUGAUAUCAUAAGCACUUUUACCUAUCAGCUUGAUGAAUCAAUUUACGACGAACAAGUGGAAAAGAUCCCUCUCUUAGAAGCUUACUCGCGCAGUAUGACUCUUGCGCUGCAAGCUAGACAAGAAACUCAUCUACCUAAUAAGUAUAUCGCUCUUACAUUAGGUAGCCAUGCCGCAACUAUCCCGGGUGCCAUGGAAUACCGCAUGGUUUACGAUAAACCUGAUGACUUUGAUAUGCUUUACAACUUUCAUAAAAACCGUAUUGAGCUGUUCCAGGCUUCCAAUCCUGAAGCUUUUAAGCAAAUCGACUUUUUGGCAUUCGAAAGUCUUCCGCAUAUUACCGAAGCUCUAGCCUUGCUCAAGCUUUUGGCAGAUUACAAGAGCUGGAACAAGCGCUGCUGGAUUACUUGCACUUGCCCUAGUAUAGAAAGUCUUGACCGCGUGAAACAGAUUCUCACUGCUUUGUUAGAUGCUAAUUCUCAAUAUAUUUGGGGUGUUGGCGUUAAUUGCUGCCACAUCAGUUUACUUCCCACCAUCACGAAUGCCCUCACUGAACUUUUUAAAUCGCAUGCUGAUAAGACUAUCAUGCUUUAUCCUGACGGCCGUGGUUUCCCUAAUCCUUAUACUACUUCCCCCAAUUCUGAAACGAAGCCUGCUCCAUCUCCCCAAGAAUGGGCUGAGUCCUCUUUUGAGUACUCUACCCUGAACAGUGGCAACAUUGUAAUAGGUGGUUGCUGUGAAACUGAUAUCCGCCAUGUUGAUCAAUUAAGGUCUAGAUAUAAUUAGAUUACUCAUAUUUUGUUUACCAUGCCUCCAAUUUCUCUCUACUGAUUUCUUAAAAGAACCUUUGAAUGCAAUAUGCUUACCAAAACAUUUUUAUUAAAUUCCUAAAACCCUUUUAUCCCUAAUUUUAAUUGUUAUAAUACAUCUAUUUCAAUUCCUUAUAUGACUUUAAUAUUGUCAAUACGGAAAAGUCCAAAAAUUUU